AUGGCUCUCCCCAGCAUCAGCUUGCAUCAGGACAGAAGCAUCAUCACGGAGACUCUCUCGAAGACAGGAGUCGACGUAGAAGUCUCCUUCCUGCCCGAGUUGUGCCGAGAUAGCUUGUCCAACAUGAUGGAUGAGGAAGACAAGGAUUAUGACAUCGUCUUUCUCACAGGGGCAGGAACCAGUUGGGAUCAGAAGAGCUUCUUGCUAGAGGAUGGCUAUGGCAUGGCAGAUUACGUUGACCUGACCACCAUCAGGCUCGUGAUCCCUAAAGUACCGAAGCUCAUGAUUGUCGUGGGACAGUUUGGGGACGAGUUUGCGAAGAUUUUGGUGGAGGAGGGGGUGUGCCCUGUUGUCUUCCUCUUUGAUGAUACAAUCGCCGAAGGCUCCUCAACUUUUUCUCCCUUCGUGCAGACCCUGAUCGCUGCGAUCGUCGACUCAAUGGGGAAAGAGAACUUGGAUGUGGUAGCUAGAAGGAGUAUGGAAGCUUUCAAGUCCGAGCAUCCCGCCUGCGACAAUUUCGUCAAGCUGUACAUUGCUCUCCGCGCCAUCGCUCCAGCAGGAUCCUUGAAGCUCAAUCAGGGUGCAUGCAGGUUAUCGGAGAGGAACGGCUGCGCCGCCAUGAGGACACGGCAGAGCGCGCGAGUACAUCAUAACAUGGCGUAUGAUGGGCGAUCUGAAAUCAUGGUCAGCGUGCUCGACGCGUUUGACAGGAGGUGUACACACACAGCCGCGCUCCUGCACGGCCCGUCAGGGUGCGGGCGCACCGAGCUCAUGGCGCAGUUGAGCCUGUGGUAUCUUGAUCGAGAGAAAGUCAGUCAUGUGUUAUGGUGCAACUGCGAUGAGCAGUCAGACAUGUCGCACCAAGUGACAAGUCUGGAGACUUUCUUUGAACUUGCAGGAGGAAUGAUGAAGUUGGGAAUUGCCGGCAGGCCGCUCGCUGACAUGCGGGAGAAUGAAGUGUUGCGCGCUUUGAAGAGCAACAAAGUGAUCAUCGUUUUCGAUGACUGGCAUGCGUUGAGAGAAGAAGCAAGAAUGGAACUUGCAUGCUUCUUCAAGAAGAUGCCGGCGAAUGUUCGUCUCCUCAUCAGCUGCCGAGGUUAUGAUCACAGUCUCGCUGUCAAACAUUCGAUGGAGCUACUGAAGAAGUGCAACGUCGAGUUUCUGCCUGUGGCUGUUCCAAACAUCAAGGGGGGUGACGCACAAAGAAUGUUCUUCUUGCACAUGGAAAGAUGUAAAUAUGGUGAUACACACCAUCCAAAGAUUGUUUAUGAAAAUCCAUACCUCCGGACGGGGCAGUGCAGCCAGUUGGGCGAUCUCGAUCCAGAAGAGUUCGAGGCUCUCAAAGAUUUGUGCGGGUCGAAGCUCGGGCAGGAAGGACAAGCGCAUGUUCUUGCGACGAUGAUGCUAGCGUCUUGCGCGUCUGAAGCUUCAGUGAAUCAGUGUGUCACACUGUAUCAAGACGAGAGGUGCAAAGAUUACGGUUACAGUCUGGAUCUUAACUUUGACUGCCUGGAAGAUUGUGAAGAUGAGCGACACCAGAAUGUCGACAGAAUCUUGUGGCCCGCUCUUUGUGUGGCACAUUUCUUCCUGACAGACAGACACAGGGAUAUUUUGAUUCGUAUGAUGUAUGCUGGAAUCCCUCUAACGGCAGAUGAGCUCGCAACCAUGAGUCAAGACACGCCGGCAGCGAUAGAAGCAUUGAACAAUAUGCUCUUCAACUUUCGGCUCAUCUGGAAGACGCCGAUGGGGUUGUACUACGUCAUUCCUGCUGCAAUCGACGUGCUCCAACCUCUCAUCUUCUACUUCAGCAACCUUCGGGGGGCCUGGGCUGAACUUGUCACUGCUAAACAUCUUAAAAUGCUCUUCAUCUCUGAGAAGCUCGACAAGGCGGAGAACUCAGGAGAAAGUCUCUUCCUGCUGUAUCAGGGUUACGAAGUUCUGUUGCGCAAGUGGUUCUGGGAUUGGGAUCGAGGUGGGAUCGCUCCUCCCGGAGGAUUUGAAGCUUCACUGGAUGGCAGAUACAGCACGAUCAGGGGAAUUCCCGAGCACUACACUCAGACUCGAGACCUUCUGAAGCAGCCGCACAUCCUCGCUGGCAAGCGCGACAUGCAGAAAGUAGCAGCUGAGCUCUUGAGCGGACAGCUUUUCGCCAUUGGGGAAUAUGAGCUGUCAAAGAAGAUCAUGCGAUGGAUCACGUUGGUCUCUAAGAAGUGA